AGCGGCUGGGGCCAACCCAACGCUGUCCGGCGGCCAGCAACCCUACUCCGCCUCCCUUCGAAGCCCCGCCGCGCGCGUCCUUCCCCAGAGUCCAGCUCCUCCUCCUCCUCCUCCUCCUCGCCGGGAAGCACCGGGCACUCGUCGGCCGUCUCCUUCCCAGCAAAAAUGAGGUUUUCCGCCUUACGCCGCCUGCUCUGCAGACCAGCCGGGCCAGCCAAGAAAAACGUCGGCGGCUUCCCUAGCAAAAGGCUGCGCCCCGUCGUGCCGGCCGCUUGCUCCGCGACUCUCUCGCCCCAGCGAGGGAUAAGCAGCAGCACGCGGCGCUGCGGCGAGAAGCAUCAAGGCACCGGCAGCGAAGGCGCUCAAAGCUCCGCGCUGAGAGAAAUCAUUGAAACCUCAAGAAAAGCCCUGUAUUUACUGAAGCAAGAACACCCUAAAUUUAAGCCAACACUUUCUGUUAUACAGGUUGGUGAUGAUUAUUUGGGACAAGAAAUUAUCAGAAACGUUGCUAAAGAGAUUGGUGUGGAUAUUGUUCAUAUUUGUCUUCCCCAUGACAGUACUGAAAAUGAGGUCAUAGGUGAAAUUGAAAAACUCAACGAGGAUCCUAGAAUUCAUGGCCUUCUCCUCCGCCUUUGUAGAGAAUCAUACACAAGCAAAAUAUUGAAUGCUGUGAAACCAGAGAAAGAUGUGAAUGGAAUAACAGAUUUUAAUUUGGCAAGAUUAGUGCAUGGAGACAUAUGUGAAUGUGUGGUUCCCCCUACUGCCAGAGCAGUGAUCAAACUUCUGGAAAAGCAAGCAUGUACUACCCUAGAUGGGAAAAAAAUAUUACUUUUGGGCGUCCAAGGACCUUUGGAAGUUUCCUUGCAGUGUCUUCUUCAAAGAAAAGGGGUCAUGACUAUGAGCUUGUCAUGGAACAUGAAACAACUCCAGACAAUGCUUCGUGAUGCUGAUAUGAUGGUCGUGGGCAGUACCAAACCUAAAGAGAUCUCAGUGGCUUUGAAAAAUCCUGAUAUCACUACGGUGGAUUGUUCACAAGGCACUUUUGGGGGACAGAACACUUUUCGUGGACAUCCAACAAGAGGCAAUGAUUGCAAUCUAGGUGAGGCUGUAGAACAUCUGGCAUUGGCAAUAUGCAUGCAGAACUUGGUAAAACUCAGUGAGCUACAGAUAGCAGCCCAGCAGUCUAAGGAAUGGAAUCUAAGUUGCUUGAGUCUACAGCCCAUUUCACCUGUUCCCAGUGAUAUUGAAAUUUCCAGGGGACAGGCUCCAAAACCUAUCCAUAUUCUUGCCAAAGAGAUAGGAUUGCUCACAGAAGAAAUUGAAAUCUAUGGCCAAACCAAAGCCAAAGUACGUCUUUCUCUGCUGGAAAGGCUGAAAGAUCAGCCAGAUGGAAAAUAUGUACUGGUUGCUGGGAUUACGCCGACACCCCUUGGAGAAGGGAAGAGCACUGUGACAAUUGGCUUGGUCCAAGCACUGACAGCCCACCUUAAAAUAAAUUCCUUUGCCUGCCUGAGACAGCCUUCUCAAGGACCUACUUUUGGUGUUAAAGGAGGAGCAGCAGGAGGUGGAUAUUCUCAAGUCAUACCCAUGGAGGAGUUCAACCUUCACUUAACUGGUGAUAUUCAUGCCAUUACUGCAGCAAAUAAUUUGCUGGCUGCUGCCAUCGACGCUAGGACACUACACGAGAACACUCAGUCUGAUAAGGCCUUAUAUAAUAGAUUGGUUCCAUUAGUCCAUGGAGAAAGGAAAUUUUCAGCUAUACAACUUGCACGCAUGAAAAGGCUCGGAAUAACCAAAAUGGAUCCUAAAACAUUAACUGCAGAUGAGAUUAACAAAUUUGUGCGACUUGAUAUAGACACAUCUACAAUAACAUGGCAAAGGGUGGUGGAUACAAAUGAUAGAUUCCUUAGAAAAAUAACAAUUGGCCAAGCAAAUACAGAGAAGGGAUUUUCUCGCCAGACUCAGUUUGAUAUAGCUGUUGCAAGUGAAAUAAUGGCAAUAUUAGCAUUAACCAGUAGCUUGUCUGAUAUGAAAGAGAGACUGGGAAAGAUUGUAAUUGCUAAUAACACAAAAGGGCAACCUGUGACAGCAGAAGAUUUGGGAGUAACUGGUGCUUUGGCAGUUUUGAUGAAGGAUGCAAUUAAACCAACACUGAUGCAGACUUUGGAGGGUACUCCAGUUUUUGUGCAUGCAGGACCUUUUGCAAAUAUUGCACAUGGCAAUUCUUCAGUUUUGGCAGACAAGCUUGCCUUGAAAUUGGUUGGCAAAGAAGGAUUUGUAGUAACUGAAGCCGGUUUCGGUGCUGAUAUCGGAAUGGAGAAAUUCUUCAACAUCAAAUGCAGAGCUUCUGGCUUGAUUCCCAAUGUGGUUGUGCUUGUGGCUACAGUGAGGGCUUUGAAGAUGCAUGGAGGUGGGCCAAAUGUUAUAGCUGGUGUACCUCUUAAGAAAGAAUAUACGGAAGAGAAUCUCAAGUUGGUGUCAGAUGGUUGCAGCAACUUGCUGAAGCAAAUUCAAAUUACUCAGCAGUUUGGGGUUCCUGUUGUUCUGGCUCUUAAUGUUUUUAGAACGGACUCGCCUGCUGAGAUUAAUUUAGUCUGUGAGAUAGCCAAACAGUCUGGAGCUUUUGAUGCGGUCCCUUGCCGGCACUGGUCAGAGGGGGGCAGAGGAACUAUGGAGUUGGCUGAAGCUGUAAGGAAAGCUGCUAACCAACAGAACAACUUCAGAUAUCUGUAUGACCUGGAGCUUCCCAUAGUUGAAAAAAUAAGAAUCAUAGCUCAGAAGAUCUAUGGAGCUCAGGAUAUAGAGCUGUCUCCUGCAGCACAGUCUCAAAUAAAUUGUUACACCCAACAGGGAUUUGGAAAUUUACCUAUUUGUAUGGCAAAAACCCACCUGUCCCUUUCCCACAUGCCUGAGAAGAAAGGUGUUCCCACUGGGUUUGUUCUGCCUAUCAGCGACGUGAGAGCUAGUAUUGGAGCUGGAUUUAUUUAUCCACUGGUGGGAACGAUGACCACUAUGCCUGGAUUGCCCACAAGGCCUUGCUUCUAUGAUAUUGACCUGGACCCUGAUACAGAACAAGUAAAAGGGUUGUUUUGAAUGUUCAAGCUAAAACACAGCAUCAGAGUCUUGAGAGAAAAAUAUUGCAGUUUCUAUACUUCCUGAACCAAGAACCAAGAACGAAUCUGAAAGACAGUUAAAACUUACCUUGGAAGAAUAUUGUGCUAGACUGAAGCAGGGUGAAUAAGUUCAUCUCUAAAGAAUUUUAUAUUGAAAAACCAAAGCCAGAACAACCAAAAAAAAAACCUGUUUCAUACAACCCAUGCAAUGAACUGUUUUGCCGAACAUGCAGUUGCACUAAUUGUUUACUGUAGUAGAUGUGGGGUCUGAAAGAGGGAUGUAUGCAUAGUGAUGGAGGGGGAAGUAAUCACUCUUAAGAUAUAUUUGAACCAAUGUGCAAAAUGUUGAGGUUAAUGUCAAU